AUGUCUCUGGAAGCUGGAGAGCCCGAAGGCGAGGGCGACGCGCGUAGAUCCACGAGGUCCGAGACCGGUGGAUAUCAGGAGCAGGUUAUCACCACGUUGACGUACAGUUUGUUGAGCAGUACUCUUAGCGUGGUGAACAAAUACACACUUGAUACGUUUCCUUUCCCCGCGUUUGUCCUAGCUGUUCAGCUCACGAGCACGGCGGCAGUCAUAUACGUGGGACGCGUGGUGCGGCUCGUCAACUUGAGUCUCGUCUCACGGAAGAUCGUCCUCGGCUUUGUACCGUUGACGAUGAGUUUCUUCGCUCUACUCGCCUCCAGGUUACUUCUGAUGGCCACCUCUCCUUUCAACGUCUUUCUCAUAUGCAAAUCCCUGACGCCCUUCUUCGUGAGUCUGUCAGAGACGCUUUAUUUUGGUACGUCGUGGCCAACUCUACAGUCCUUCGUGGCCAUGCUAGGCAUGGCAAUCGGUAGUGUGUUGUAUACGAGAUACGACGUGCAGGUAAGCGCGACGUGUUUGACGUACGCUGUGUUCUUCAUUCUUUGUAGCGUGUUCGAAGGCGUGGUCGCGAAGCAAACUAUUCAGAAGUUUACAUUGAACCAGAAUACGCGCACACUUCUCAUGAACGCUUUGGCGUGUCCAAUAGCGAUCAUAUGGGCACUAUGCAUGGAGACGAAAGCGCUGACAGAAAUCAAGUUGAAUUCGACAUUGUCCCUUGGGAUAUCGUGCGUGUUGGGUCUGGGUAUGGGCAUGGCGACGAUGCACAUGCGAACCAUUUUUUCAGCCACCUACGUAUCCGUCGUCGGGGUGUGUAACAAGUUUGUAUCAUUGGUUUUGGCCAAUUUAGUACUCAGUGGCUCUCAUAGUCUCCAGAGUACGCUGUCGACUGCGUUUGUGCUGCUGUGUGGUUCGUUCUACAAUGGAAAUAGUGCUAGUUCAACCGUUAGAACAAGGAACUGCGUUCCUGUGCUCCUACUCGUCGUGAUAUCACCGCUCGGUGCAUGGAACUUAAGGACUCGAGUUCACAUCAACGCCACAACACUACCGGCACUUGUAUCAGACCAUUCCCACAAAACCUGCCAGACUGCGGCGGAUAACUGCGAAGGACCUUUUCUGUGGGAUACCAGUACGCACCGCGAAGGCUUUGGUAGCAAUUUGUUGAACUGGAGAAUUGUUUCCCUACAAUUGUCCGAAAUUCUACGUUUCAGUUGGAUUCCCAGUGAAUUCAUCAAUUCGCACGACCGUGCUGACAUAAGCACUUUCUUGGGUUUGAGCAGCCCGAAUUGUAACUUUGGCUUGAUCAAGGAACAAGUAACGAAUGGGAGCUUGUUCGUGGCGAAUAUAACGGAUAUUUUGAACACUACCGGUACCACUAGUACCAGUGGUACUUGUAGUACAAGUGACGGUACGUGUACUACUAGUACUAACGUUAGUAUUAGUACUUUCCGCCAUUUAAAGUCGCUCAAUUGUUCAGUUUACAAAGCGAUGGCAGAGUCCGUCAACCGACAGAUUUACAGACAGCACGUUUUCAAGUAUGAUGAACCCGAUCGUAUAGAGCGCAGUCAACUAUACUCGCAUCUUCACAGAUGUAUGGUCGAGAUUCACGGCCAACAACUCAAGAGAGAUGCUGCAAGUUAUACAAGUACCCCUUCAUUCGUACGUAGUAGUUACCUGUGCGCGCGAAAUCGCCGUUUGGCUGCUUCAGGCCGUUUGAAGAAAAGUAACGAGUACAGAAUCUCCCUAUAUUUUCGCUGGGGAGAUGUCAGAGGUGACUUGAAAAACGUAAAAACGUAUAAUAAACGGACUGGCGCAGUUCCUUUUGGCACGUUGACUCGCUAUACUGAACAGAUACAAAAUAUAGUUUCACACGUUCUACAAACGCGUACUGAUCGUUUCCAAACGUUGGGCGGUCACAUUGAAAAUCGGACGGUGUUUUUCUUUUCCGAAGGUACUGAAAGCGAAUUUGCCACGUUCUUUUCUAAAGACCUCCUUAACAUUACCUCUUUCCAAAUUGGUGGCUCUUGGAUGGACGCAGUGGACUACAUGACACAGUCAAACAUCAUCUUAGUCGGUACAAAGAGUGAAACGUUCAUCUCUGCUAUCGGAAAGCUGUGCGAUUAUUGCAAGGUUAUUGAUGUUCGUGGAGGUAUUUAA